AUGAGUGGAACUAAUGGAGGCACAAAUAACUUAGGCAAUAAACGUCCUAUAGCGGAACAAAAAGGUUUAUUGGAAAAUAUCGAACUCUGUGAAAAAAUUAUGGCCCAAAUGAUGCUGAAGGAUAAUAUAGGUCGAUGUGCAGAAAAAAGUCAUAUGCAACAGGAAAAUAUCCGUAAACCAAGCAAAACUUCCCUAAAUGUCAAACCUCAACCUAAUUUGAGGUCUAGUCCUCUUCAACUAUUAGGACAAAAGAAGUCUACUCUAGGAAAACAAAAUAAUGGUGUAACUCAUCAGUCUCAUUUGGGAAAACCUCUAGCAAAGAAAUCCCGGCAUAUGGUGAAAGAAAACACUAAGGAGAAUAUAUCCCUGCUACUUUCUCAUAUCUUAACAGAUGGAAGUGACCAGCUGAUAGAUCACAGUGGAUCUGCUGGUGUUUGCAUUUCAUCAGAAGUCCCAGAACAACCAGCCAUUAGUGUAAAAAAGAUAAGUUCAAUAAGUGAAGAAAAAAAUAAAAUUGUAAAACAAGACUGCGCAGUGCAAACUACUGAAGUGUUCAGUUCUUCACGUACGAAGACUUCUAAAUCAAUUCAAUUCUCAUCUUUCAAACCAACGACAAAUUCUGUUGGAACUGACUGUAAUAUUUUGAAUUUUAAUUCCAAAAGAGACGACAUAUCUCCUCUACUUAAUGAAAAUAAUAAACUUAUUGCUGAACAAAAAGCACAAAUUGAACAGUUAAAACAAACACUAUCAUCUGAACAGUAUCAAAUCCGAAGUUUAAGCAGUCAGUUGUAUAAGAAUCAACUGGAGUUUGACAAAGCUAGGCUAAACUGGUUACAAAAAGAAAAUCAAUUUAAGGCUGAGAAAGAACGAUUUAAUCAGAAGAUGUCCUCUAUCCUGACAACUAAGGAUCAAGUUAUCAGAAACCUUGAGACAUCACGUGAAUAUAUCAAACUUUUAGAGGGUAGAAUAUCUAUGUUAGAGCGGUCUCACUCCAAUAUCAGACAAUUUUCACGAUGUUCAGAGCAAAUAUCACCAGACAGAUGUGAGAGUUUUUCCAGUGAUUCUGAAUAUUCUCGCAUCUACCUUAAGAAUAUUGACUCAGUCAGAUCAACCCCAGACUUAUCCGCAACUUUCCCCACAUUGAGCAAACUUCUCCUUAUCAGUAAUGAAUGUCAGAAUACCCGUAACUGCUUAACAGCAUGCAGUCACAAAACUUCCAGCAAGAACUUUCAGACAAACCAGUCUUGUCAAACGAAAUGGAAUAAUGAACAGUACUGGAGGAGAAGUCCGCAACAUUCUCAUGAUCUUGACAGGCUCUUUGAAGGUGACUGCAUUUCAGCUAGUUCAACCCUUACACGUUCAGACACUACUGACAUUCAAAUAAGAAAAUCAGAAAUCGAUCAUCAGGACACUACAGAACGGUCAGACUACAAACAUUUCUCACUUCCCAGUGCAUCUUCCAGCAUUUCUUCUUUACAUGCUGUUGAUGAGUUGGAGUUUCAAAACAACCUGGCUCUUCUUGAUCAACGCAUUAACAGUAUUCGAGAUUCCCUCAGACUAAAUCCUGUGACCUGA